AUUAAACAUGACUACAAUUUCUCAGCGGCUGUUGGCAGUUGCUGGCCACAAUCAGUGUGCUAAUGAUGUAAUUUUCGUCCAAAAGCAAACUUCAACUCAGCCAGCUUCUGUAGUGGUAUUCUUCGGAGGAGACGUUCAGGAUUAUCCUGAAAAUAUGAAAAGUCAUCGGGACCAUGGAGCAUAUGUUGACUACAAUUUAGAAGCAAUAGCUGAAAUUUUAGCUGCAAAAUUUCCUGACAGCUUCAUAUGUGUCAUACGGCCUGCAAAGAUUGAGUUGAAGACAUUCAGUUGCUUCUCUAACUUUGUGUUUUGCAACCAUAUUGGCAGCCCUACUCAUUUACCAAAUAAUAAUGCUCUUCUCCAUUUGAGCACAUUGCUUCAAUCAAUUGCAGAACGAACUAGAUUUUCUGAAAUUGGUUAUGGAUCCCCUUUGGUAAUCAUUGGGUUUUCCAAAGGCUGUGUUGUCCUUAAUCAAUUUCUUCAUGAAUUUCAAUAUUUUAACCAUCUCCCAAUAGACAAUAAAAGUCAUGUUAGUGCUCUGAUAGGACGUAUUAAAAAAAUGAUUUGGUUAGAUGGUGGACAUUCAGGUGGAAAAGAUACUUGGGUGACUUCAUCUCAAACACUUUCUUCUUUAAAAGGAAUGGAUAUAAUGGUAGAUAUUCACGUUACUCCAUAUCAAAUAAAUGACGAUCGUCGACCUUGGAUAGGUAAAGAGGAAAAGCAGUUUUAUUUAACACUAAAAAAAAUGGGAAUCACUCUCUUCCGAAAAGUACAUUUCGCAGAAGACCCGCCUUCGCUGCAAAACCACUUUCUGCUUCUCAAAUUAUUUUGUUGAAGUAUUCAUCCACGUGUACAAAAAUUGUAAUUUACUGCCCGCUAAAUAAUUUACAAAAUAAAAGACAUUGCGAAUAAAGCAAAGCACUCAUUUCUCAACGUCA